GUGUGUGUGAGAGGGUCUCCGCCGCCGCCGCCGCUGCUGCUGUAGUAGCUUUAGCUGUAGUAAUGGAGGGGGUCACUGUCGGACAGGUAUUUGAUGCGGAAUGCAUCCUCAGCAAACGGCCGAGGAAGGGGAAGUUUGAAUAUCUGGUGAAGUGGAGGGGGUGGUCGUCCAAACACAACAGUUGGGAGCCAGAGGAGAACAUUCUGGACCCACGGUUACUCGCUGCCUUUCAUAAAAGAGAACAAGAGCGGGAGCUUCUGUUUCAGACCAAAGGGAAACGGCCGCGAGGACGACCACGUAAAAUCCAGCUCCCAGCUCCGCCCACUGUGAAAGACAGCCACUCUCCAUCGUCCUCGUCCUCGGUCCUCUCGUCAACAGCGUCCUCCUCCUCAGAAGAUGAAGAUCACAUGAAGAAGGCAAAGCCCGCCCCUCGCGUCCACGCCGUCCCACAGAAGAGGCCCCAGAUCAUGCUCACCAAACCUGACCCCGCCCACAAAAAGAAGCGGGGGAGGAAGCCGCUCCCCCCCGACCUGAGAGCACUGAGACAGGCAAAGAGCAGACUGGUUCCCGUUCCUCCUCCUCCUCUUUCCGUUCCUCCUCCUCCUCCUACCCCUCCCCCUACUCCUCGCCAUCACCAGGCAGUCAGACCGCCCAGAGACGAUCCGCGGUCUGGCGUGAAGAAACCGCUGCAGCCCGCGAGCUUCACCUACACCGGACUGAGCAGGGCGGCCAGAGACGAGGCAGGCUCCGCCUCCCACGCUGCCACCAGCUCCUUCGCUCAGACAGUCGCCUCAAAACCCGGAACGCUCGGCUGCGUCUGGACCAACCGCUCACUGUCCUCACCUUCCUCUGGCUCCUCCCACAGCAAAGCCACACCUUCAGCACACAGUAAGAACUCGGAGCUGAAGUCCAGCAGCAGAAGCGACGGCUUUAAGGCAUCUCUGCUGAAACAGAGCGGCGGUUUAGGUUCCGCGGGUUUGCGCGGCGGCUUCGGAGGAGGUGGUGCAGUGGCCAGUCAGCGUUCCGGGCCGGACCAAAGGAGACAGGAAGUCAUGGGUCAGAGCGGGUCGGUUCAUCACAAGCAGACCCUGUCCUCGUCCACGCCUCGAGACCGGGCCAAUCAGGCGCUGAGCCUCCGUGCCCUCAACCUGCAGAGCGUCAGCAGGCCGCUGCCCACCGGAUUCCAGGGCGGCAACACAGGGGGCGUUGGCGCCACAGCGUCCAGGUCCAGCCUAAGGAGCGGCGGCAGCGGCAUCAUGGUCAAAGGAGGAGCCGGAAACCAGAAAGAGUCUUGGGCUUCAGCCGGAGGGCAGCGCUCCGGUCUGGCUGCAGGUGGCGCCACAGAGCAGGGCAGGGGGAAGGAGGUGAUGUCAGGAGGCGGGGCCAACCGAGGAAACGGCAGCACGAGGCAGGACGAGAGGAACCGCGGCCUGAACGAGCUCAGCACCGGAGACUCCGACGAGACCAGCAGCAGCGAAUCGGAGCACAGCACCUCCCUGUAUCCUAGCAACAGCCGGCCCAGCUUCGGCAAUGACGCCACAGAGUUGGACACGGAAACGGACUGGCGGCCGACGCGGAACCUCUUGGAACACGUGUUCGUCACCGACGUCACGGCAAACUUCAUCACUGUGACGGUGAAGGAGUCGCCGACCAGCGUGGGAUUCUUUAAUCCGCGAAACCACUGAGGGGGUGGGGCGCAAAUCUGGACACGCCCCCAAUGCUCCUCCCACCAAACCUGUCACGGUUGCUCCGCACAUGAACAGAGCGCCACCGCAGCAGAAACCGUCCAAUCACAUUUGCACAAAUCAAAUAAAGUGUUGGUUUCCAUAGCAAGACAAACAAAAACGAUGAGACGUUUAAGUUCAAAAGCAGAUUCUGGGUCGGUUCAUGUUUCGCCCAUUGAUCGCUAAUCAAUACCGUCAUUAACGUCUUAUUUUCCAUAAAUAACGAAAUUGAUUUUGAAACUUUAAACAUACACAAAGAUUUCCCCGCCCCUCCACUUCCUGUUCGUUGCCACAGGUGCGCUAACAUUUCCAUGUCAAUAAAAAACACGACCACUUGACCAUUAGGGUCGUAAAUGGCGUCCAAAGUGGGAGGAGUUUAUACACAAAUCAAAUGUAUUUUUUGGGAAAUCCAAGCUUAAUUCGCAACAUUAAAAAAAUUCUACGUUACACAAAAAUAUGUGAUUAUCGUAAGUUAGUUUCUUUUAAAACAUCAUCACGUCUGAGGUCAUGUGAUUGACAGGUCACAUGAUUGACGAUGGCGACCUGGAGCCGCGGGUCGUGUUGUGUUCAGGUUCCUGGUGAAAGUGAGACGGUGUAAACUCUCUGAUGGAUGUAUGACUCCGCCCCCUCAGUGCCUCAGAUUCUCGUCAGCGGCUUUUAUCGGACCUGUAAACAAAUGGAUCACGUGACUUUACGUGAAAUCUACAAACAAACACACGCGUCUUUGAUCUUUUUGUCUCCGUCAUCGUUGUCAUUUUGGACCAAAGGUGUUUUUUCACCGUCUCCGAUUGAUCGCUUGCACAGAUCAAUGAAGCUCCGACUCCUCCUCUUCAUCACUAAAGAGACAUUUCACACUUUUAUACACUUUUUUAAAAACAUGUUAAUUUAUAUUAUUGUACAUAUGUUUGUUUCACAUGAUGGAUCUGGUGCUCGUUACUUCUACACUGUGAGUGAGUCAGUCAGUCAGUGAGUGAUUGAGUGACCACCAGCAGGUGUCGCUGUCAGGCAACAACUGAAGCUUCACACAGGUAAAAGGUCACGACUGCACAGAGUCCAGACCUGAAACGAUGAUGACAGAGUGAACACUGAUCAAUAAUUAUCAAUAAUCUAACUGGGAUCAAUGAACGUGUGGAUGGAUGGAUGUGAAUCUGUUUAUUCAUUGUUGAAGUUGAAAUCAAUCAAAGUCAUGUUUAAUAAUAAUGAUUGAUUGACUGUAUCAGUAUUUAUUGUU